GGGGAGCUGGGGCAUACACUGUAACUGGAACUGGAGACCUUCCUGGUGCUACCAGCCUGCUCUGGGUCUGAUGGAAAGCCUGGAGCAGGAAAAGAAUGCAGACUUGGCAAGUCGGGAGGGUCUGGUAAUUGCACGAGGUAAAGCCAAAUGUCCCCUCCUAGCCCUCCCGCCCCCUCCCCGCAGCCUGGCCACAUCUUUCAGCUCCGCCGUGCCAGCCUUUGCCUUGAUGCCAGGUGUCUGACCCCGUCCACAGCGCGGACAGAAAGGGACGCAGGAGUGCCCUGGCUUUCGGGCUCCUCGGCCCUGGUGCCCCGGAGCCUGCGGGGGCUCGGGCGAUCGCCUGCCCUUCCCCUCCCCCUGCGCUGCAGAGCCUCUGGAUCCUGCCGUACUCCUGCCAUGUGCUGCUGCCGCUGCUCGUAGGUUACGCGAGCGUGUCUCCGGCUGCAAACUCCACCAAACAAGCCUGCAUCCUCCUCCGGGAAAGGAUACCUAGAAGCGAUGAAAUUUCCAAUCGAGACUCCAAGAAAACAGGUGAACUGGGAUCCUCAAGGUCUGAUAUGAAAUAAAUCAAUCCAGUUUCAAAGAGAUUACAGGCCAGUGACAGCUGCACCGUGGUAAGAUUACAGCAUGGAUUUGGUUUAAAAUGAAUUCAGCAUCUUUAAGCCUGCAUGUGGUACCAUUAUACCAGUGGAUGCUGAAGAACCCGGCCUCAUCCUGCCAUUGCUAACACUGGCAACAGAGCGUGGGGAAGUGUGAUGCUGAGACACCUGAAUUAUUUGGAGUGGCUGUUCCCUCACCAGUGCCAGCUUGUGAACCUGAGCCCAAAACUAACGGGCAUUACCCAGCUCCACGACUCUCUGUUGCCCCCCGAGCCACUGUUGUCGCUACCAUGGAAGCUCCUUCUAAGGGUCUGCAGACAGUCAUGAAGUGGAAAACAGUGGUGGCCAUCUUUGUCGUGGUGGUGGUUUACCUGGUGACCGGAGGACUUGUCUUCCGUGCCCUGGAGCAGCCCUUUGAGAGCAAGCAGAAGAACACGAUUGCGCUAGAGAAGGCUGUCUUUCUUCGAGAACAUGUUUGUGUAACCCAGCUGGAGCUGGAGACACUGAUUCAGCAUGCUAUUGAUGCUGAUAAUGCGGGAGUCAGUCCCAUAGGAAAUUCUUCUAACAACAGCAGUCAUUGGGACCUCGGAAGUGCCUUUUUCUUUGCUGGAACAGUCAUCACAACAAUAGGGUAUGGGAACAUAGCCCCAAGCACUGUCGGAGGCAAGGUUUUCUGCAUCUUGUAUGCCAUCUUCGGGAUUCCACUGUUUGGCUUCUUGCUGGCUGGGGUUGGAGACCAACUUGGAACAAUCUUUGGGAAGGGUAUCGCAAGGGUGGAAAAAGUUUUCAGAAAAAAGCAAGUGAGUCAAACGAAGAUCCGGGUGAUCUCUACCAUCCUGUUCAUCCUGGCAGGCUGCAUUGUCUUUGUGACCAUUCCUGCAGUGAUCUUCAAACACAUUGAGGGAUGGACAGCCUUGGAGUCCACCUACUUUGUGGUUGUCACUUUGACUACAGUUGGCUUCGGUGACUUUGUAGCAGGAGGAAAUGCUGACAUCCAUUACCGGGAGUGGUAUAAACCCUUAGUGUGGUUCUGGAUCCUUGUUGGCCUUGCCUAUUUUGCUGCUGUGCUGAGUAUGAUUGGAGACUGGUUAAGAGUCCUAUCCAAGAAGACAAAAGAAGAGGUUGGAGAAAUAAAGGCCCAUGCAGCGGAGUGGAAAGCGAAUGUGACGGCAGAGUUCAGAGAGACACGGAGACGGCUCAGCGUGGAGAUCCACGACAAACUUCAGCGGGCAGCCACCAUCCGGAGCAUGGAGCGCCGGCGCCUGGGCCUGGACCAGCGAGCCCACUCCUUAGACAUGCUCUCUCCAGAGAAGCGGUCUGUCUUUAAUGCCUUGGAAUCAGGACGCUUCAAGGCCUCAUCUCAGGAAAGCAUCAAUAACAGGCCUAACAACCUGCGCCUUAAAGGGUCAGAUCAGCUAAACAAGCAUGGGCAGGGGGCAUCUGAGGACAACAUCAUUAACAAAUUUGGAUCAUCUGCUAAGAUGACCAAGAGGAAAAACAAAGACCUCAAAAAGACCAUCCCUGAGGAUGUGCGUAAAAUUUACGAGACCUUCCGAAACUACUCCUUGGAUGAAGAAAAGAAGGAAGAGGAGACAGAGAAGAUGUGCAAUUCUGAGAACUCUUCUAGCACUGCAGUCCUGACCAACUGCAUUGUGCAGCACUCAGACCUGGAGAAUGGAGUGAUCCCAAAUAAAACCAAAGAAAGGGAACAUGAAAACAAAGCGUUACUUGAAGACAGAAAUCAAAUGUAAAAGAUGCUUGACUUGAAUUAACAAUGUUAGUGUUUUUAUAUACAUAUAUAUAUAUUGAGACACGUGCCUUAUACAGACUCCUUAUUCAGUCUGAAUUAUAUAGCAUUGAAGAAUAUUUCACUGUGCCAUAAAGACUCAAGCUUGCUCUGCCAAAACAAUUCAGGAACACAACACUGCAAAAUGGCAACAGAAAGCUACGCACAUGGAAAUUUCAACCUGUAUAAGAUUACCAGGGCAAGACACAAAGGAAGAGACUGAACCAUGACAAUAUCACCAGGGUGCUCCCAUCAUGGCAUAAUAUCAGACAACAGGCAGCUAUGUAAUAGCCUUUGCAAGGGAUGAAAAAGACUGUAGCUUUGUCAUGGAGUAUGCAUUCAUAAAUCCUUCCCCUGGUGAUAAAAAUAGGAGAAAUGAUUGGAGUGAACUAGAAACUUUCAGUAAGGCUUAGUUUAAGUUUUGGCACGUGAUCCAAGCUAGAUUUUUUUUUUCCAUUUUUGAAUCAGAUGCAUUAUAUUUCUAAACUCCAAAAGAAUGUCCAUGGACACAGCCACCAGCUGGGUGCUGGUCUGAAAAAUCAACGCAGACAUAUUUAAGGUUUGGAUUGCUCUUUUCAUUAAAAAAAAAAAAGAAAAAAAAAAGAAAAAUCCUUGAUGGGUAUUUAUCUUAACCAGUGACAUAAAAAAGGAAAAGAAACAAAUGGAUUUUUUUUCUUGUGUAGGAAGUAUUCAAUGAUUCAAUGUAAACUCAGCAAGAAAGUGCAUAUGAAGAAAAUGCAACAUGUUGUGCUAUGUCGUUUAAAAGAAGAGGACAUUAAUGAUAUUAACUAGGUGUAUAAAAUAGUGGGUUAACCAUUUUUUAAAAUUUCUCAUUCACACUUUCUACCACUGGAAAAAAUCUUCAAUUUUAAUGCUGUAAGACUAUGAAGACAGAAGGAAAGCUCUAGCUCUUGCAUGUCAGCAAACUGCUGUUCUCUGUAGCUGAAUCUGAAUUUUUAAAAAUAGACAUAAGAGCAUAUACACUAUUCACAUGAGGGCCAGAGUAUCCAUUGAAUCUCAGGGCUCUCUGCGCCUUUUGCUGAGUGUGGGUUUAGACAUGAGCUGCAGUCAUAAUCUCAGAAAAAAGAAGAAA